AUGCCAGUGGCAGCAGUCCUGCCCCGGCUGAUGCGCGCUCUGGUUGCCCUCAAUCUCUGCUUUGUAUUUGGCACAGCUUCCCUGCAGAAUGACGAGGCCCUCCCCGACUCGCUUCAAUCAUGCCUGAAUGCAACAGGAUCAUCGGUCUCGUACCCCGGCAGCGCAGCAUACGAUGCGCUGAACAAACCGCAAAACGCCAACUACAGCCCACAGCCCGGCGCUAUCACGACGCCGGCCUCCUCGGAAGAGGUGUCGGCGAUUGUAAAAUGCGUAGCCGCCGAGGAAGGGCGCAUCAAGCUCAGUCCCCGAGGCGGCGGACACAGCUACGCGGCGUACAGUUUCUCGGGGCACGUCGUGAUCGACUCCAGCAACAUGCGCGAUGUCACUUUCGAUGACGAGACACGACAAGUGACGGUGCAGUUUGGCCAGACGCUCGGCCCGUUUGCCGAGGCAAUGGGCCGCAAGGGGUAUGCGUUGCCCCAUGGGACGUGUCCUGGGGUGGGCGUGGCCGGACACUCGCUCGGCGGCGGGUAUGGGUAUACCUCGCGCAAGUGGGGGUGGCUUGUGGACCAUAUUGUUGCUAUGGAGCUUGUCGAUGCUCACGGGAAUAUCAAGAAGCUCAAUAUCGGAUCCACGGGGACUGAAACCGAGCUCUGGUGGGCGUUACGCGGAGCAGGGGCGAACAGCUUCGGCAUCGUGACUGCUUUCACAUAUGCGAUGGAGAUGGCCCCGGCGGCUACUGUGAAUUUCAAUCUAACGUUUGCCAACCGGCCUGACUGCUCCCAAGUCCUGCUGAGUCUUCAGAGUCUUGAAGGGAAUGCGACGAGUGAUGAAGGCCUCCCUGUUGAGUGGGGAGCAGAUCUUGUCAUCACAGGACGCGGACCGGGAGAUACAGGCUUCUGCAGCAUGGAUGGGCAGUUCCUCGGCACCAAGUCGGAGUUCUCCGGUGUCAUGGACAGACUGCUGGAUGAUCUUGAACAGCGCGGAGUGAGACCAGUAGAAGGGGAGGUUGAUAGCCGCGAAUUCACGGACUGGGUCGAGGCGCUGACAGACCUCAUGGGCCCGCUGGACGAGCCAAGUGACCCUCAUUCUUACUACGCGAGAUCUCUGCUGGAUGACGGAGCUCCGGGCUAUACAGUGCAUGACGCAGAACGUAUAAUGGACGCCAUCCAGGCGGCAAGAGGCGUCAAUGGCACUGCUAACCAUGUAGCGUUCAACGUGGAGGGACCGAAAUCCAUGACCAACCAGCCGCCUCCCACCGGCGACAUGUCGUUCAUCCAUCGACAGAGCCUGUUCAUCGUCCAGAUAUACUCUGAUCAAUUUCCUGGGUCUGAGCGUCACAGACGCUAUCAAGGGGAGCCGGCGCGAAGGCAUGUGGCAUGCUUAUCAGAACUACGUUGA